UUAACAGCAUUGUACCAGACUUUUCGGUAUUUUUUAGCACAUUCUGGCCACCCUCAUACACAUAACAAAAGACAGGAAAAAAAUUUAAAUUUAUACAGAAUUUGCGAAUAUUUUCCUGUCAUUAAAGAACAAUAAGAGGCCCAGACCCCCCGAGCGAACCCGCCAGAAGCAAAGCACAAUGGUGACCCCCCAAUCGCCCACACCGAUGUUCAAUGGGCUGGAUGACGAUCUCUAUAACGAGGCCAAAUUCGCACACGAAAUCAACGACAAAAUGCGCGUACCCAAGCGCAUCAAGGCUACGGGCGAGUACUCUGACGAGGAUCUACUGCUGUCCAACCAGAACGGAAAUCAGUUCAUCAGCUCUUGGAACUAUCACGACAAGAUCGACAUGAAUGUGCCCGACCGCAUUGUGGUGCUCGGGCACAAUCAGCAUCUGGAAACGCGCUCGGCACCGCGCGAAAUACAGCUGGAGAACUCUAUUCUACCCAAGAAUCCCUCGGCGAGCUAUGCACGCGUCCAGACGCCGCCGCGCGUCAUCACACUCACCGACCAUCACUUCCCAUCGGCCUCCGAGGAGAGUUCCCCCAUCAGGGCCAACGGCCAUCACCUGUAUGGGCAGGAUCAGGACUAUGACGAGGACGAGCAGGGGAAUGCCACUCAAUACGUGCGCGCCAAUGGCACAGCCCGCAUGGGCUUCCACACCAACGAUGCCAACUCUGUGGAGUCCGAUUCGCAGCUAACCACGGGCAGUGUCAGCAAGCGUUCUCAGCUGAAUCAGCAGCAGCAGCAGCACAACAAUCUGGAUGCCUCGAUGCUGGCCCAGCGCGAGGGCACGCCAAUGGGCGAGCUGACGCCCCACGAAGAGAUACUGUAUCUGCGCCGCCAGCUGGCCAAGCUGAAUCGCCGGGUGCUCAACAUUGAGAUCAACAACGAGCAGCGUAUGCAGCGGGAGAAGAUCGUCUAUUGCCUGGGCCUGGCCUACUUUGUGCUGAAGACAAUAUUCUGGCUGAAUCGCAAUUAGAGGGACAAGGCGGGGGCAGGGCUGCUCUCAACGCCGCUCUCCGUAUGGUGCUUCGGUCCACAUGGAAAAUGUGGAAAAUGGCACAGACUCACCCACUGGACACCCCUUGGAACAGCUUCUUUCGUUCAUACCCUAUUUGUUUCACUUUUUGUGGAUUGGCUCUGAGAGAGACUUUGUUUUUUUGUUCGCCAUAAUUCGUAGGUUAAGCUCUAAAAUAAAAUAAGCGCAACACCUUCUCUGUUUGUCCACCGUGGAAAACUGGAAAAAAAACAAAGGACUCCUUAACUUAAUUACCAAUAUCUGGAACCACUUAAGGAAAGGAGAGUGCCCGCCCAAUCAAAAUACACCAUAAUAAAUUUAAGCUUUAAUCUGUGUAUGUUUCACCAAACCCAACCCAGCAGUGCACCAUCAUCCAUUGCACUGAGUUGAUAGAUAUUGUUUGUAGGGUUGUGUUUUAGAUUUGUUAACCAUUGAUAAUCCCAAAGUGAAGACAAGAACUCUAAAGGUAUUUGGGGUGCUAACCCAUUCGAUAUAUAUAGAUAAAUAUAUAGAACUAAAUCCCAA